CCGUCAACAUGGCUGACGCGGACAGUGCGAGAAGUGUGAGCGCGUUACUGAACGGCAUCGCGCAGAGAGUUUAUUACGGGAACACAGAAAUCACAGAAGAGUUACUGAAGAAUGAGCUGUAUGCCGAGCUGUCCCAGGACGAGUUUCACGCGUUACAUGAGAAGAUGAGAGCGCUCUUAAAGUCCAUCGCGUCUGCAGACAUGGACCAGGCGCAGCUCGAGGCAUUCCUCACAGCGCAGACACGUAAGCAGGGUGGCGUUAGCGCAGAGCAGGCAGCCGCUCUGUCGCGCUUCUGGAAGGCCCACCGCGUGCGGGUGCGAGAGAGUCUGCUGUCGCAGAGCCGUUGGGAGCCCGGCCUGAGGGGCUUGAAGUGGAGGGUGGACCUGCAUACCUCCGCUAGUAGGGGACAGGUGUCCAACAGUCCAGUAGCCCUGGUGGAGUUAGAGCUGGGUCGCACUGGAGAGAGCUCUGAGUUUGUGUGUUUGGAGUUUGAUGAGCAGAAGGUCAGUCUAGUGCUGAAGAAGAUGGCAGAACUUCAGGAGAGCAUCAACAGCAUUGUUCACCACAGCUAGAGCUUGUGUGUAUCGGUGUUGUAUUGUCAUAAUGUAUAUUCAUUAUACUGUAAAUAAUAAAUCAUGAUAAUGUGCGACCUGCUGUAUCAUCUUGAGUCACUCUAGAGAUUUAUUACUAAACAUGGAAAGUGUCUUAAGCUUAAUAUUGAUAUAAUUAUAGUUUCUACUCCAACCAAUUUCCAACAUAAUUGUUUAAAUGUUUGCUGACUUUGCUUUUCACUUUAGUACAUUUACUGUGUUUGAGUGACUCAAUGGAGCAUGUCAAAUUAUCUGUAGAUGUAUUUUUUUAUUGUAUUUCUUUGUACAGGAAAUAAAAAAAAUGUGUG